GAUCUCAUGUCAUUAUGAAAACCCUAUUUUAAGGUUUAGCCUCUAUCAUAAACGCACCAGAUGUCAAGUUAUAAAGAUCUCCGUAACCCCUUGUUCCGAAAUUGGGUAAGAGGUGUUUAUGCUUUGAGGUAUCUCCAAUACGGAUUGAGUGAAUUUAUUGACGAUACUGCAAAAAAGCACCACAACAACCUUUUAGGCAAGUUAUCAAAAGGGCAGGUAGUAGCGAACACGGGUUGUAACAACUGCUCUACUGUCAACCUCCUUCCUGACCAUCCCACACGUCAUUGCAUUCAACGAAAUCGGCAAAAAUGCUUGUGUAAAGACUCGCAUGGCAGGCGAAAGUGUCCAAGUAAUUGUUGUAGCCGGUUGUAUGAUCACAUCAUCCUUGAUCAUGAAGAAAGAAAUCCUAUUUGGGAGAACUCCGAUCUCCAAAGUUGGUGCAGUGACUACUUCGAAGUUGCGAAAUUAUAUUUAGGAAUGCAGGGACAUAUUGAUGUACAUACAUGUGCUCAAAUAGAUGUGUCCGGCCUUCUAACUAUAGCCAUAAACAACAUCUUCUUUAAAGACUACAUUGAAGAUAUUGCCAAAUUUAAAAAGGCACGUGACGUAAGAAAUGAGCUAUUUCAUUCGAGCAAAUUUGAAAUUUCAAUAGAGAAACUGGAAACAUACCUUGACGUCAUGAUUGAAGUACUUGAAGAUAGUCGUUCACUCGUUACGUAUGAAGUCGCAAUGAAGGCUGUAGAAAAUAUUGAAAAGGUCAGAAGUAAUCAAAUAAGUAUAACUGAAGUAGAAGCAGAAGAAAUGAUACAUUCAGCAGUGAAAGCAAUAGAAGAAAAGCGGCAAGAGGCAAUUCAAGAAUUAACAAAAUAAUGUAACUCACUCGAAUGGAAGAUGCAAUCAAGCAUUGCGUUAAAAACUGAAUCUUCAUGUGAACAUCUUCAAAGAGAAACCGAUGAGUUGCGAAAGAAAUUAGUUAAAGACAUAGAAGAACAAACGAAGCAUUUAAAACAUAGGCAUGACAUGAUGCUGUCUGAAGUAGAAGAAAAAAGGACUGAUUUUGUAAAUAAAAUGGAAGAGGAAGUUCGUAAACAACAACAACUGCGACAAAAUGGUGUAUUUGGCAGUCAAAAGAUUAAAGGUUGUGAUCCAACUGGACAAACAGAAGCUACUUUGACAGAGGUCCAGCAACAUCUUAUCAAUUACUAUCGGUCUUACUACCUUACAACAGACGUAUCCCCUCUUCUUCCCGACGAGAAUGUCCAUAUAGAUGAGGUAUACGUCCCGUUAAUAGUCAAAGUUAUUAGAAAGGGAAGGACCAAAACUGAAAAUGUUAUCCUAGCUUCAUUAACUGAUCUAUUCACGCCAAAUGACGAACGACUUGAUAAUAUCUAUCUAAGUGGAGAGGCUGGUAUUGGAAAAACAACGCUUUGCAGAAAGUUGAUAUCAUAUUGGUGCACUGCUCACAGUUUGAACAAUCAUAUGACCAACUUUUCUAAAUACGACGAAAAGGCUGUAGAAAGAAUGAAAAACUUUGACUUUCUUCUGUUCAUUUCACUUAGGGAUUUAAACAAAGAAACAACUAUUGAAGAGAUGGUAGAAAACCAGCUUUUGUCAGGAUUUCAGCAUAGUCAGUUCAUAAGAAGAACGCUUCAAAGCAAACCAAAGUCUUGCUUAUUUGUACUUGAUGGACUUGACGAAUGGGAUCCAAAAGGUUUUGAUACGCACCCGGCUAUUCCGGAAGGUUUACCUAUUUAUAAGAACUGUUACACGAAGCUAUUUACAUCAAGGCCAUGGAAAAUUGAAAGUAUAUGCCCGAAACUCACUGAAAAUGACAUAGAACUUAAGGUCGAAGGAAUAAGCAGAAUUAACUCAGAACGUCUUGUGAAUGUCUUGCUGUUAUAUCUUAAAGUCCAGGAAUUUGCUAGAGAAUCUAAAAAGUUUUUUGCUGAAGUUCAGGAAAAGAAGAUGCAACAUCUUCUGCCUAUACCAUUGAUGCUUAAACUUCUACUAUGCCUUUGGUUAGAAACAAAGUCACUUGAAAAAGCGACUACUAGUAUUUACUGCGCAAUUCUUGAUCUUUUACUUUCUACAGCAAUGAAGAAAAGUCGCUAUGAUGAAGGAUUUCAGGUAUUGCUUGACGAGCUACAGGAAGAGCAGUUACCAGCUGUGUUUCGAAACAAAUCUUCUUGUAAGAAAUUCUCACCUGUCAUAAUGACCUUAUCCAAACUUGCAUUUCAAACAUUGUUUUCCGAGGAUAGGGAAAAAUCUUUAGUAUUUAAAGACUCGGAUCUUUCGUCAUAUGGAUUAUCGCAAAAUACAAUCCGGCUUUGUUUGACACUCGGCUUACUGUCUCAAAAGAAAAUUCUCGGAAUUUCAAAUAUGUUUCCAGUAAAAAAGGUUUCAUUUCUGCACAAGUCUUAUCAAGAAUUGUUUGCCGCUAUCUAUAUCUCAAGGGAAUUUUCAGCUGAAACAAAGAAUCAUAUACAACGUGCUUGUUCAACAGUGGAGAACGUGUUUGAAUUUUCAAACGUGUUUCUUUUCUUGAGCGGGAUGAAGCCAUCUAUUAUGUACCAUAUAUCUGAACAUAUUUGUAAACUAGCUGAUAAUGACGCAGUUAUUGAGCAAUAUCGUGAUAGAAAAGAGACGGGAUUUAUAGCAGGGUUAUCAAAAGUAAGUCGACUUCAAGCAACUAUAUGUACUUAUUUGCAAGAAAGUAAAAAUAGUUAUCAUGAUGACACAGAAAUGCGGCUAAGAGAUAUUGUGUUUGAAGGAAAAUUGUCGCUUGUGUUCAAGAAUAAGAAUGCAGCUUCCGUAUCAAUUUUUGACACACUUUUCAACAUUAAACCUUGUAGCAUUACGACUCUUACUUUAAGGAAUCGUGUUUUGCCAGGACCGGUCUGGCAAUAUCUGAAAAGUUUAGAUUCACUCCAUACAGUAAUAUGUGAUAUGAACAGUGUGCCACGUGACUGUUUAGUUACCAUUUUGAAUAAAUCAAGGUACACUAUAAAACAUAUACACCUAGCUGGGUACAAUAACGAUUCUGGAUAUAGAAAAGUAUAUUUUCUUCAAAGGGCUCAUUUAUCCGAGCAUGGAAUAACAAUUGAUCUUAUUGACGAGCUCUUAAAAAAAGCAGUUUGCAUACAAAUUAAAGACUAUAUUUUCUGGGACGAUAUUCUGAAAAGCUAACAAAAAACGUCUGCCUAUUAUGAAUCUAUUUACUUGAGAUUUAGCAAAAAUACAUGAAAUGUGGUUAUGUUCUAGUUAAAAGGGAUAGUUUUUCUUUCUAACUGUAAAUAAUGAUCAGGGAUGGGCCUCACAGGGUGAAUGCAAUCGAAAGUGUAGAUAUAAAUAAACAUUAGUAUGAGUACGCGUAUGUGUGUAUUUGCGUUUAUUUAUACUCGCCACCGGUUGCCCAUAUGGGCGAGUCCUCCAGAAGAGUAUUAAUUAUUUUAUUUUUUUGGACGAUAGUGCAAUUACAGAUACAGAAAGAUGCCCCAAUUCCAGAAGCUUCUCCUGGUUCUUUAGCGUGCCGAGUGAUUAAGCACCCAUACACGGGACCUCGAUUUAAAGUCUCAUCCGAAAGAUUGAUUAGUAAUUUUAGGUGGCCAGCCCGGGAAUCGAACCCACAAUGUCGAGAUUACAAGUCUCGCGCUUUAACCGAUUGAGCUAUGCGGGCUGGCUUAUGAGUACCCAGUAAUAGAUAGAACUAAUAAUAGUAUUGGGUUUUUGAAAAAUCCGAUGUGUAAGUUACUUCUUACAGAAAAUGUACAUAUUGUU